AUGGCCCAUGUUUCUCCUUCAAGCCUUGUAAGGACUGAUAUGAGAUGUCUGAACAGGGAUCUUUCGCCAAACAUCACCGCAGUAACUGUUGAUGACGACAUUUUCCGUUGGGAGGCUACUCUAAUCGGACCGGUGAAUACUCCUUAUGAAGGGGGAGUGUUUAAACUUAGGAUUACAUUUCCACCUGAUUAUCCAAGAAGUCCCCCCAAGGUUGUUUUCAUCACAAGAAUUUGCCACCCAAAUGUAGCAGAUAGGGGAGGCAUUCACCUAAAACGUUUGAGGCGCGACUGUUGGACUCCCAUGUCCAUUGUUAAGGUUUUCAAGGAAUUAGUGGAGAAGUUGAUUGAACCAGAGGUCAAUGAUGAGGAACAGACCAUUGAAUAUCUUGCUAACCUCUACAAAUCUGAUAGGAGAAGGUUUGAAGCCAUGGCUAGAGAGAUGACUAAUCAAUAUGCUGGGAGAGGAAACUGA